AUGCUGUUUGAACAUUACAAUUCAGAGGGUGAUCAUAAUCAUUUGGCAAAUAAGGAAAACAUUGAAAAUUCUGAUUUUCCAACUUCUCACGUGAGUUGUCGAGAAUCUGACGAAGACGAAAUCCCCACCCUUUAUUGCACCAAUCAUGAAAGUAGUGCUGUCAUACAAAAUUUUUCUUAUACUAGACCAGAAGAAACCAAUCAGCCAGAAGCAGGAGAAACACAAAGCACAACUGAUCAACUUCAUUAUAUUUUAAACGAUGACCCAUCUAAGUCACAAAAAUCCUAUGAAAGCUUUGACUCCAAUUCUCCACCAAACUGCAGGUCUUUUGAACAUGAUAAUAAUUUUCAUAAUAAUGUUUCUGAACAAUGGCAUCCGACAAUUGAUAUACAAAAUGACAAAGCGUUAAGUCCAAGUCAAAAUAAUAUAUUUAAUCUAAACACGGGACGUAAUUGUUUGUUCAACAAAGAUUCUCCCCUAACUCUACCGAGGCCAGUUCAGACUUCCUCAUAUGGUUCUAUUGACCCCUAUCUGUUCAAUCACGAAAAUGAUCAAGCUUGUGGACGUAAAUCUUCGUAUUCAGAAUCUACGUUUCGACCUUGGCAACAUCCUGAAUCACAUCAAUUGAAUACUACGGCUGAUAAUCAAAGUGCCACACAUGACCAUGAGGAAGGAAUACAUUCGAUUUGUAGUAGUAUAAACGAUUGUAACGAUGAAAUUCAUGAACAAAGGUUUUCACCCUUAGGAAUAAAACAAACAUCGGAUCCUUACCCUUCUGUUCCUUCGUUUAUGGAACCUUCACGUCAUCAUUUUCAAUCUAUGAUGUGUUGUAACGAUCCUUGCUGCAAGGAUGCAUGCGAGUAUACAAAUUCAUCUUCUAUCGGAACCGAAGUCUUGCAGUUUUCUUGGAAUGUAGCAAACGAUCCUCAGCUUUCUAAUUCCCUUAUGCCAUUCCCAUCAUCCUCGGAUGAAAGCGCAACAGUUCCGGUUUAUCGGUGGAAUGGCCACAUUGCCAGUUCGUCCAAUCAUCCCUUGCAAUUACCAACGCCUUUGCAUCAAAUAUCCUCACAAAAUUUCUUUACUCAAACACAAUCUCAUAAGAGGACAGUACAAGAAGAAUUGUUUUCCGAUCUCUCGUUAAAUGAGCUUAACAAGCCAUAUGCUCUACCUACGAUCUCAAAUGUUCAACAACCAACUAGCUCACUUCGCAAACGUACUAAGGCUGUGUUAAACAAUCAGAUUCCAAAUAUUACUCCCAAUAACUCUCCAGUCAUGCUAUUGUCUUUGGAGUCUACAGUUGAAUAUGAACAAGAUACUUUCAAACAAUUUCAAGCCAAAUAUGAAACUUAUAAAUUUCAACCAAGAAUUGACUUGAAUGAUAUUGUCCCUGAGACACCUGAGCCACCUAUAGACCUUAAUGAUCCAAGACCUGAUGCACAACCACGCAGGCAAAAGUUGAAAUAUCCAGGUGAUAUGUACACACCACAAUGGGUAAGGUAUUCUGGUCAUUCAAAGGAAGGAUUUUGUGAUGAUUGUAAACCAGGAAAAUGGCUACAACUGAAAAACAGCGCAUAUUGGUAUCAUAAACAAUUUUUUCAUGGAAUUUCUUCCGUAUCCGGUAAAAUGUUUGUUCCACCUGUCGAAACGCGUAAAUUCGACUCUGGUGAUUGCACUGAAGGUUUGUGUCAUCAAUGUGGUCAGUGGGUUCCAAUUGCAACUAGCAAGAAAAAAAAUUCGAUGCUUUGGUUUCGCCAUGCACAUAAAUGUCAUGUUUAUGUCAAACCUAAAAGCUAUCCGCCUGGUGGUAAAAGACGAUAA